AUGGCUGCAAGACUCCGUCCCCUGAACCCAUCACAGUCUUCUUUUCAAUUCCAUUACACACAUGCCCCACAUCUUGAGCACCGAUUCACCGAUUGUUACCCGAGAAUCAACCAGGAAAAAAUAUAUCCAAAUCCAGCACAGAGGAUUAUUCAAGGUCUCCUAUUUCACCUAAAUGGGUCAGACCCUAUACCAGUUCCUCUCCUGUUCAUACACCAGUAUGGAAACAAUGGCAGGAUAGUGGACUGCAUACUGCUGCUGGACCACUACUUUCAUUGGGAUCAGCUUGCCUGUCAAAGGGUCUGUGGAGAAGGCAAUCUGCCAGUUCAGAUUUGGUACCACAGAAUGCAAAUGCUACCAGGCAUCAAUGACCCCAAUUCACUUAAUGGCACCAUUGCUGGCCUCAUUGGUUCUCAGGACCAAAGAAAGUUAUGGUAUGGCCCAAUCAUCACUCUAAUUCUCAGGGAUGCAGGGAGUCUAAAGGAAUAUAGAGAUGUAGAAGGGCAUCAUUUGAAUGUUCUCAGAAGAUUGUUCCAAGUAUGA